GAAAAGUACCGAGAGUGUAGAAACAGAAAGAGCUGAUAAAAGAUCAAAUUGAAAAAUCAUCAAAUUUUAACAAUUUUCUUUUAUUAUUUUAACAUUUAAAGUUAUAUUUUCAGUAAUGAAGAAACAGUUAAUCUUUUUUCUUCAAAUAAUUUUCCUUACUUCAGUUACCGCAACGACACACUCUGUUAAAGAUUUAAAAAAUAUAUUUAAAGAUGAGCUCUGCAUAGAAGGUAAUAUUAAUAACAUAUAUUCCAAAAAGAAAGACACUGUGGUUGUGAAGAGUAAACAAACUGAAGGUCUUCUCAACCUUACUUCUGUAGGAACAGUAGAGGAGUCUGAAAAGCCAGUAUUAUCCAGACUGAAUGAACUAGUUGGCUACAAUCAAAUUGAUUAUUAUUUCAAGCUUGAAAAUGAAGAGGGUCCUCCACAUAACAGGAUGUUUACAGUAGAACUCACCUUAGGCAAGGAAAAAUAUAUAGGAAAAGGAAAAAGUCUUAAAAAAGCCAAACAAGAAGCUGCCACAAAAGCUUUAGAAAAAACUGAGUAUGAUGUUCCUGAAAUAAAAAACAAAACCCCAGAAGAUAUUGAGAAACUCACUCCCACUGUUCUUCUAAAUAAUAUAGCCUCUAAAUUGGGUGUUGGAGUUACAUAUUAUCUUCUAGAUAGGAAUAAAGAGGAAAUACUCCAUUCCAACAUCGUUAUGACUGAUAAAAAGAAAUCAUAUAUGCAAAAACUGAAUGCCUCUAUUUACAAUGACAAAAAAUUAAGAAAAAAGAAAGAUAUUGAUUCAACCAAAGGUCCAUUUAGACUGAAGUUGAAAUUUGCUGAUUAUACAUUCUUUACAACUUCACAUUCCAUACAGGAGGGAAGACAUGAAGUUGCUGCACAGGCUCUGGAAUACUUGGUUAAAAACAAAGAUAGUCUAGACAUUGCUUGUCUGCAGGAGGGAUCUGAAGCUGAAUGCAAGAAGAAUAAAGAUGAACUGAAGUCACCCAUUUCCAAAGUAUAUGAAGAAGCACAAAAAAGGAAAUUGAGUGUAGAAUUUGAGGUCAUAAAAGAAUCUGGACCGUCUCACAAGAAAACAUUCAAAACUGAAUGUAGAUUGGGUGAUAUUGUAACAGAAGGCGAAGGAUUUUCUAAAAAAGAAUCAAAAACAGAUGCUGCUAUCAAUAUGUUGGCAAAAAUAGCUGAAUUGGAGCCUCUUCCAAUAGAGGUAGAAGCUAGGAAUUUUGUAAAAAAUGACAAGAAACAAAAUAAAAGGAAUAAAAAUAAAAAGAACAAGCUGAUUAAAACUAAGUUUGACGAAAUUGGGAUGAUGCUUGACAAAGUUGGAGAAUCUAUUAAACUAAUGACCACAAAUAUUUUUGGGGAAGAAGAACAGCCUACUGAUUCAACUGACUACGAGGCAAAACCUAAGGAAGUAAAAUCAAAAAAGAAAAGCGAUAAACAGCAGCCACGAACUAAAAAAUCAGCAUUUCAAGACGAACUGUUAGAAAUAAGCAACAUAUUAGGCUUUGGAAUAUCUUAUAUGGAUAUUUCUGAAAUUGAUAAACAUGCAUCUCUACUAUCUCUUUAUACCAAUCCAGAAUAUAUCUGCUUUGGUGAAGGCAAAACUGAGUCUGAAGCUAGAAAUAAUGCUGCUGAUAACGGAUUAGAUUUGUUGGAGAAAAUUGGUAUUUUUGAUUUAUUCCAAGAACAGAAGGAAACCAAUUUGGAGAGGGACACCAAAGAAGGAGUAAGAAUUGCCAUGCAGCAUAUAGUUUCUAAAAAGAAAGAGGAAUUAUAACAACCUCCCUAUGUUUUGUUGACAUUUAAAUAUUCUAUUUGUUAUUAAUAAAUAUUUUAGAUUAAC